AUGCCACCACCGGCUUCUUCAGUGGAUUUCACCAAUCUGCUGAACCCUCAGAAUAACGAGACUGGUUCUGCACCUUCCACGCCAGUGGAUAGCUCCAAGGCUCCCUCUACCCCGUCCAGUACUCAGUCCAACUCUACCAUGGCCUCGUCUGUUAGCUUACUACCGCCCCUCAUGAAGGGUGCUCGUCCCGCAACGGAAGAAGCGCGCCAGGAUCUUCCCCGUCCAUACAAGUGUCCCCUGUGUGAUCGCGCCUUCCAUCGUUUGGAGCACCAGACCAGACAUAUUCGCACACAUACGGGUGAAAAGCCACACGCUUGCCAGUUCCCGGGCUGCACAAAACGCUUUAGUCGCUCUGACGAGCUGACACGCCACUCAAGAAUUCACAACAACCCCAACUCCAGGCGGAGUAACAAGGCACAUCUGGCCGCUGCCGCUGCCGCUGCCGCUGCCGGACAAGAGAAUGCAAUGGUAAAUGUGACCAACGCGGGCUCGUUGAUGCCCCCGCCCACAAAGCCUAUGACCCGCUCUGCGCCUGUCUCUCAGGUUGGAUCUCCGGAUGUCUCCCCUCCGCACUCCUUCUCGAACUAUGCCGGUCACAUGCGUUCCAAUCUGGGACCAUAUGCUCGCAACACCGAGCGGGCGUCCUCGGGAAUGGAUAUCAAUCUACUUGCCACCGCUGCAUCUCAGGUUGAGCGUGAUGAACAACAUUUUGGGUUCCACGCUGGUCCACGUAAUCACCAUUUGUUCGCCUCGCGUCACCACACCGGUCGUGGCCUGCCUUCCCUUUCAGCGUACGCCAUCUCGCACAGCAUGAGCCGUUCUCACUCUCACGAGGACGAGGAUGGUUACACUCAUCGCGUCAAGCGCUCAAGGCCUAACUCACCAAACUCGACCGCUCCGUCCUCACCGACUUUCUCUCACGACUCUCUUUCCCCAACGCCAGACCACACUCCGUUGGCAACCCCUGCUCAUUCGCCACGCUUGAGGCCAUUGGGAUCUAGCGAACUCCACCUUCCUUCGAUUCGCCAUCUGUCCCUCCAUCACACCCCUGCCCUUGCUCCAAUGGAGCCCCAGCCGGAAGGCCCCAACUAUUACAGUCCCAGCCAGUCUCAUGGUCCCACAAUCAGCGAUAUCAUGUCCAGACCCGACGGAACACAGCGUAAACUGCCCGUUCCACAGGUUCCCAAGGUCGCGGUGCAAGAUAUGCUGAACCCCAGCGCUGGGUUUUCGUCGGUUUCCUCAUCGACGAAUAACUCUGUCGCAGGAAAUGAUUUGGCAGAACGUUUCUAG